AUCGUACGGCUCAAUCUCGCGUGUGCUCUCGCGACAGGCUCCACGCAACAGGCGCGGUUAGUCGUCGCGUAGCGCACGCGUGUCGCGAGUAAUCCCGCGUCUCGCCAGCCGCCGAAUAACGGCGUCCUCUUUCUCGGUGUGUCACGGUGAAUCGCCAAUUUCAACCCGAAGAAACCAACAGCAAGUCUAGGUAUCGCAUUCCCAUAAAGUCGACGGAUAUAGAAAACGGACUGGAUUCUCCCGUGCAGCGCUGUGUCCUGAAAAUCGAUAAAAAAGAAGAGGGAGAAAGGGUUCACAAUCAACAGGGAAUGAAGCACGCGAGUCCGAAGACGAUCGCGCGCCAAAACGGAUGCUGUAUGCUCCGAAUUUGACUCGACAACAGCGUCAACUUCUCGAGGAGAACAGCACGUAUUUCUUUCCUCGAAUAACAACAAUAACUGCUCGUUGAUCGACGAUUUGACGAAUAUUUACAUUUCCAAGUUUCUCGUCUCUCAUCGACCGCCUCUGUUAAAUUCGCCAAAGUAACUCGAAGGAAUCGUCCCGUCAAAAGUAACAAUAAGCGAGUUUCGCUCCGAAAAAUAGAAGCAAAGGGAAGACGGUGGGAAUUCGUUUGAAUGAGGAAAGGCUCGUUUUCGCAGCGAGAUCGGACGUAGCCGAAACAAGAGAAGAAUCGCGUCAGCGGUGGAUCGUAAUCGAGUGGACAAGCAGCCGACAAACAAUAGGGAGACCUGGUAGCGGCUUCCGAUGGGGUCGUAACCGCCGUACAACGCGCGUAUUCGUAUAUCGCGAUGAUAGGCUAGCCGGUAGCGGCAGGAAGAGAUCGUCGUAGGGGGAGAUCCAUAGCCAUAGCUAAUCGUACCACCCAAGGUGGCACAGAUUGAGAGCCCCAUCAGCAUACAUCCUCUCCUAGCUAACGAGAUACCCAGCAUCCAUCCAGUUUGCACGCGCAUCGACGACGGUGUUCCAUACGUAUCAACUUUCCCGGAAGCGGCCCUCGGACAAUCGAUCUGCGAUUUAAUCCGAUUCAGCGGUCUGCGUCCGCUAAUCGUCAAAUUGAAAUUCGCUCGUAAUUGCAGUGAGAAAAAAAGGAAGGGAAAGAAAGAGAAAGAAAAUCGAUUAGGAUUAACGUUUUAAUCGACGUUGAAGCGCCUGCAUCUGCACGCAUCCUCGACCUCCUUUUCCUAUCGUCCUUCAUCUCUUCUCAUCUCUCUCGGCUUAAUAGAGAUUAACGGAGGGCCGUCGUACAUCACUACCACAACGUGCGUUUAUUCGCAAAGAAACGACGACGCGAAAGGGAUAAAAAGAGGGAGAGAGAGAGACAGAGAGAGAGAGAUACAGAGAUUUGCUCUUAGUGCCCCUCGACGAUCCACAACUCCGGUGAUCCUCUUCCCCACCGGGACGCUCGCCGCUUCCGGCUAACUGGAAGUGACGCUCUAUGUAAACGGUUUUGCCGAGCGACUCUCAUUGGAACGUACAGGACAUAGGAAGUACAUCAUGGAAGUAGCGAGCGAGUUAUCGCCGUUGUCGGGAGAAAAUCAGGGCAAGAUCAAAGAGAGGAGCUCGUAUUAUCCCCAAGAACCUAACAAGAGGCCGCGAACAAGAAGGGAGAAGAUGCAAUCGUGUUUGAGCCAUAAUGCACUAACUAUACUAACUGUGAGCGGUGUGGUCGGUGGCGUGAUACUUGGCAUAAUCCUGCGAAACUCCCAAGAGAAAUGGACGCCGCGGGAGAUCAUGUACAUCAAUUAUCUCGGCGAUCUAUUCUUGCGGAUGCUCAAGAGCUUGAUCCUGCCGUUGAUCAUUUCGAGUUUGGUGUCGGCUAUCGGAUCGCUCGAUCUAUCACUCAGCGGCAAGAUCGGCAUGCGUGCGAUCAGUUAUUACAUGGUCACGACCAUCAGCGCGGUUAUAUUAGGUAUAAUUCUCGUUGUUUCAAUCCAACCUGGAGUUGGCAGUUCCGCCUCGGAGACCAAAAAACCGGCACAAAAUAUUUCCACCAUCGAUACGUUAAUGGAUCUAAUCAGAAACAUGUUUCCACCGAAUCUUAUACAGGCUUGCAUCGCCCAAACUCGAACCGAGCUGAAGCCACCGGAGAACGCUAGUAACGCUUCCAUAGACGAAUGGGAACUGGAGGAGAGAGAAGUGUCCGGCUCCAAUAUUCUCGGACUCGUCGUAUUCGCGACGGUGUUAGGCAUCACCCUCGGUAAGAUGGGACCGCGGGCUAAACCGCUGUUGAACUUUUUCGAGUCACUUUCCGGCGCGAUGAUGGUGAUCACCAACUGGGUUAUAUGGUUAUCGCCGAUCGGUGUGCUCUCCCUGGUCGCCUCCAAAAUCACGGAAAUGAAGUCACUGGAUGAAGUGGUCGGCCAGCUUGGAAUGUACUUCUUGACCGUAUUGAUCGCCCUUAUCAUACAUGGCUUCCUAGUGUUACCAGGGAUAUUUUUCAUUCUUACAAAAAAGAAUCCUUACAUUUACAUAUCAAACAUGGCACAGGCGCUCGUCACCGCUUUUGGAACAUCCUCGAGUUCAGCAACGUUGCCAAUCGCCAUUAACUGUCUCGAAGAAAGAAAUGGCAUCGAUUCGCGUGUCACCAGAUUCGUCAUGCCAAUAGGUGCUACCGUCAACAUGGACGGUACUGCUUUGUACGAAGCUGUGGCCGCCAUUUUUAUCUCGCAAGUGCGUAAAGUCAGUCUUUCCUUCGGACAGCUGGUAGCAGUAAGUAUUACGGCAACUGCUGCUAGUAUCGGUGCAGCUGGAAUUCCACAAGCUGGAUUAGUAACAAUGGUAAUGGUGUUAGACACGGUCCGACUUCCGGCCAAUGACGUUUUCUUAAUCAUCGCGGUCGAUUGGUUAUUAGACCGAUGUAGAACGACGGUGAACGUCAUCGGCGAUUCGCUCGGGGCAGGAAUCGUGCAGCAUCUCAGUAGAAACGAGCUCGCAACGUUACCGCACAAUACGCAGCAGACACAAAACGGAGCUGAUUGCCAUGCGACUACGUCGAUAUGAGUUCGUUAAUCGCGACUUACGUCUCCUUGACUGACGAUUACGAAACCGCCUUGCGAUUGACCACCCGCGGCAAACAUAUCGACACUUAUUGUGCGGUUUAUCGUCCAUACAAGAAUGUUGCCAUAAUUGUUUGAACUUUCAAAAGAGUUAGGUUUUAAGAAAAUAACGAAUAAAUAAAUUAAAAUUUUAAAAUUAGAAAAAACGAUUAAAUGUGGAUAAUAAUAUAUUACUUGUUGCAGCCACGUCAUAUAAGAUUUUUAAUUUUCAAAUUUUUAUAAGUUCCAUGGAGAAUAUUUCAAGGAAUAUAUAAAAUAUAUAUAGCGCAAUAUAGAUUGAGAGAGAUGAGUGUAUGCAUCUUUAUAAGUGUAUACACUCGACAAUACGACGUUAAUCGAUGAUCGCGAGAUACGAUCUUGUUGAAGUGUUCUUGCGUACUCAAUAAGUGUUCUGUUUUUAUCUUAGUAUCAAAUAAUCGGUUUAGUAUUAAUUGUCCCAUAUGAACCACAAACACUAUGGACAAAGGGAACAAUAAACCUCCAUUAUACCACUCUA